CUCCCAACGCUUCUUUUUCCUCGUCUCUAGAUGAGCGAUUCGCACCUCCGGCGAAGAGACCCGGCGAUCCGUCGUCUCAUCACCGCGUCGGUGGUCGUUGACGUCGCUGAGCUCCUGAUCGCCCGAGCCCACAGACUCCGACUGCGCGGAUCCCAGCAUCGCGCGGAUCCCAGAGCUCACAGACUCCUCAUUCUAGUCUUCCCCCUCCUCGUCUUCGUCUCACUCAGCGCCACCUCACAGCCUCCGAGCCCAUCACCCGUCGCCGACUCUAAUUCCAAUUCCAAUUCCCUGUCGUCUCCGUCUCCCGGAUCCAGAACUUCGUUCCCUAUUUCCAACUCCCCAGUUCACGACCUCACCAACCGAUGUUCUAUUGUAACAGAAGGGAGAUUACUUAUGAAAUGAAUUAGAAAUCAAAUUAGGGAUUUUGACCAGGUCAGAAGCAGCAGAAGGGAAAGGGGAAAUGAUGAGAAAGAAGACUUCCUCUGCUGCUCGACUAAGACCUAGAGCAAUAACAAUAAUAA